AUGGUCGCCGUCGACCAGGCGAUCAAGAUCGGCGUCGAGCAGGCGAUGGACUAUCACGAGCGGAUCGAUCUUCUGCCUUUCUUCGCGCUGUUUCUGACCCACAAUCCGGGCAUCGCCUUUUCGAUGCUGUCGGGGUGGGGCGCAGGCCCGCUGAUCGCGCUGAGCCUUGCGGUCACGGCAUUCGUCAGCUGGCUGUGGGUGUCGAGCCCGGCGGACCGGAUCGUCGCCCAUUUCGGCUUUGCGCUGAUCAUCGGCGGCGCCAUCGGCAAUCUGAUCGACCGGACGCUUUACGGCUAUGUGAUCGAUUACUUCCUGUUCCACACGCCGGGCUGGUCGUUUGCCAUCUUCAACCUGGCGGACGCGGCGAUCUCCGUCGGCGCGGGCCUGGUGAUUGUCGACGAAGUGCUUUUGUGGCGCAGCACCCGCAAAGCCGAUUGA